AUGCCCCUUGGUCUUUGCAAACCUCCCACUUCUCUUAUCACUCUUUCAUUCACUUCAAGUUUCGUCACAGUUUUGGUAGCCGCUGCUGCUGCACCACACACACCCAGGCCGCACCUGGUGGAAAAGAGGGAUAACAAUAACCCCCUCGGCAUCGACUGGAGCCCUGCCCCUCCGCCCGACGAAGGUCCCGCGGGAGCAAAAUACGCCCUCCGAGAUCCAGCAUACCUACCAGCUCAGAUCGGCGGAAUCGUCGGCUCUUACGCUUUCUCUCUGGUGCUGGUCGCCAUCAUCCUACUGAGCUUAUCCAAAAGGCGGCGAGAGCAUCUCCGAGCAGGAGAGGACUUCACUACCUGGGAGGACUCACACGUUCCAGUCGAAGUUGCCGAACGCUUCUCUGCCUACAGGUCACAGGACGAUUUCCAGUUUCGAGGCCAGGAUUGUCCCCCACAGCACAGCUUCCAGGACUUGCCAAAAAUCCAUACCCAGGAUCACGUCCAGGGCCACGUCCGCAACUUCUCUCUCCCCUCGCCCACCUCGGCGAAAUUCUCAACAGGAACACGGGAGCAAACCCCGUAUAUUCUCCCAUCACCAGACGGCAGUCUUCGUGGACGACCAGGCUUGGAUCCAAACGUCGACCAGUCCGUCGUCGAACUAGACAGAGUCAUGGCGCAGGCACAGCUAGAAGAUAUGUACAAGUAUGUGAUGGAGCAGGAGGCUGCCAAGGAAGCGGGAGUCGAGUUCAAAGGGCCCACUUUCCCUGGUGCAGGGCAGCAGCAGCAGCAGCAGCAGAAUGCCUCAUCACAGAGCAUGCUUCAGAAGAAGGGGAGAAACAAACCCGCAAACCUUAACCUCAGCGCCGACGCCAAGUCGGAAAAGACGCAGUCCCGGACCUCCUCAAUCCUGUCCGCCCUAAAGUCCCCGCUGGGGAAGAAGAAAGAGAAGGUGCAGGCAAUCAGCAUUUCCUCGCCGAUCAUGACACCCAUGACAGGCACAUUCCCGCCCCAGUACGCCGGCGAGGAGAUGAACGCCAUCCCGCCACGGCACUACGCACCGGCUGCACCGCCACCAGUCCCCGCGGGCAACGGCACGUUCAGCCAGCGACGGAACGUCCACAUGGCCCCUCUCACGCCGCCGGACGACAUCUCGCCAGAGAGCACGCAGAGCAUUGACGAGCGGCUCCGCGCCAUGGCCGCCAAGGGCAAGGACAGGGACAUGCCGGAGGAAUCCAACGAGGAAGAGGAAGAGGAGGAGCGACAGACGCAAGACCACUACUACCACUCACGCCAGCAGUCGUCCGCGACGGAGGCGGACCCCAUCUCCGCUACGUCGGAGACAUCCACGACGCCGCUGGUCAGGCGGGGCGAGCGGGUCCGCGACAGCCAGGCCUCGGGGCUCCCCUCGAGCCCCAAGCCGGGGGUCAACCGCUUCCCGAGCCUGAACUCGCUGCCGUCGUCCCCGAAGCCGGGCGCGACCUUCUCGCGGCCCAACGCGCCCUCGGCGGUGCGUACGGGCGGUGCGCUGCCACUGCGUGCCUACGAGCCGCCGCUGAUGUCGCCCAACACCUACGACCGCACCGUCAAGCAGACCGUGUUCGAGAGGGCCGGCCCGCUGUCGCCCGGGCUGGGCACCGCGCGCACACCCCACACCGGCGCGCCGGUCCCGUACUCGCCGUACCAGCCCUUCUCGCCCGUGGUGCCCAUCACGCCCAGCCUCGUCACCAAGGCCGACAGGAAGAGGAUGAGGAGGAUGGAGCCCAAGACUCCAACGAUGGAGAUGGUUCAGAGCAGCGAGGACAUCUGGUGA